AUGCGCCCCAAACGGUCGCUCGCCGCAGCGUUCCAGUCGCGUUUGGAGGAGGACAGGGAGGGUGUAGAUGCGCAAAGAGAGGCAGAGUCUAAUGCUGACCCCGAUUACAUGUCUGACACAAUCCUUGCCCAGCUUUCAGAGAGCGAUGUGCCGCGUGCACAGACAUAUUCCGAGCGGCGCAACCGCGUCCUGCUCGUCCAAGCGGAGCGGCAGCGCAACGAAAUGCAGGAUGCCGAAGAGCGCCGAGCAUUCAAGAAGCAGCGCGGACCAUUGGAUGGUGAGCGCGAGGCGCUGUAUCGCGGGAUACACACGAACCUCAUUGAUCGUGUGGCCAGUCCUUUUGAGCGUGUGCAGCCAGGCCAAGGCAGCAGUGCCGCGUGGAAAAUGAUGCAGGCCAUGGGGUAUACGCAAGGCGCGGCGCUAGGCAAGGAUGCAAGCGAGGAUGCGCAGCAUGUACCGCUUGCGCCAGACACACGCUGGAUGCACGAUCCGGAAAAAGGACUGCGCCGUACAGGCCUUGGCCACUUGUCCAUACAAAUCGCCGCUGCCGUGGAGAGCGUGCGCAAUACCCCGGCCAAGGACUCUGAGACGCAAGCAGACGAUUUCCGCAGGACCAAGGCGCGCGAUGCCGAGCAAAAGCAUAUUGAAACGCUUCUGCAGAAAGCACGCGGCGUCUUGCGCGCAUUGGACGAAGAGCACGGCAUAGAGUACAGCCCGCUGUGGCUUGAUCCUACAGCGCUGCCUGCAGGGCAUGCACUGUACCAAGCGUCCUUUCUGCACGCAAACGAGCGUGGCGAAGAGGACGCGGUGGGUUUGCUGGAGCAUGCGCUUCUUGGCUCUGGUGCCGAGCCGGAGACUGCACAGCGGCACGCGGAUGCAAAGUCGUUUAGUGCCCUUCCUGCUACUGCGCGGCUUGCAGUGACGAGUGCGCAUUUGCGCGAGGCGUAUGCCUACUGUGUAUUUUGCGGGCACAAGUAUGAUUCCGGCGAGUUGCUCGAGACCGAAUGUCCAGGGGACACAGAGGAUGUACAUGAAUAG